GAGGAGACGUUCUCUCAUUGCAUGCGGCAUUCUGGGAUCGAUCACACACGACGUAGUCGCGCUGUGCGAAAAUGGAACGCCAUCUCGCUUUGACAUUUGCCGCGUUGGCAUUUCUGGUCACUUGCAUUUCACGCUGCGGCGGUGAAAAUAUCGCGGAAAGUAUGGAAAAACACCAAGUGGUACCGGACGUUAUUGAAGGCGCUCCCAAAGAGACCGCAGAAGUCGUUUAUUCCGGCGGCGUUCAAGCUAAUUUGGGCAAUGAACUUGCUCCGACACAAGUCAAAGAUGAGCCGUCCGUCAAAUGGAAUGCCGACGAAAACGCAUUCUACACGAUUUGCAUGACAGAUCCCGAUGCUCCAAGCCGCCAAACUCCAAAGAAUCGAGAGUGGCGACACUGGUUGGUCGGUAAUAUACCAGGAGUGGAUAUUUCGAAAGGUGAAGUGCUUACGGGCUACGUUGGAGCGGGACCCCCUAAGGGCACUGGCCUUCACCGCUACGUGAUUUUGAUUUACAAACAACCUAAAAAAUUAACCUUCGACGAGCCCAGGGUGCCCAAUACAUCCGGAGCAAAUAGACCACUAUUUUCCAUUAAAAAAUUCUCUACCAAAUACAACAUGGAGUUGGUUGCCGGAAACUUUUUUCAAGCUCAAUGGGACGACUACGUUCCUAAGCUUCACCAGCAAUUAAAGGGUUGAGUUCAGCAUACGACACCAUAGUAUAUUAAUUAUUUUAGCCAGAUUAGUGUAUUUUUGAAAAAUAAAGAAUUAUAGCGUGCA